GGGUCGGCCCCGCCGCCCCCAUCGCCGCCGCCGGGGCGGCGGCGGCCUCGGCGGACCAUCCGACGCGCCGCGCGCCCGACGGGGAGGCGCCGCUCGGACUCGGUUGACGGCCGCCCAAGUGCUUGGCUCGUGCCCAGCCGACCGGCAGGCGAUGCCCACUCGCUGCUAGGCUAAUCUCGGGCUGUCAAGCGGCGGUGUGGUGCCGUGAAGGGCAGCGGUGCCAAAACUACGACUAUUAGUACCGUGCGGGGGCAGUGCAUUUAAUUCUGUCAAAAAUCCAAACGUGCUC